AAAGGUUGGGAACACUAUAAGAUCCAGAGAAGAUAGGUUUACGGUGAUUACAUUGGUGCGACCACGAGCAAUGCAGAUACUCCUACUGCUCCUCAUCCUUACCCUAAUAAUUCGACUCACCAGCUCAAGCCCUCCGCUGGAUCCAGUAGCGUGUUCGAAUGGCAUGUCGAAUUGCACCGUCACCAACGCUAAUGGCUACUUCCCCGACCGCAGUAUCUGCCGCGCGGCCAACGCCAUCUACCCACGCACGGAGCAGGAGCUCCUGGCGGCCGUUGCGGCGGCGGCGGUGGCCAAACGGAAGGUGAAGGUCGCCACCAGGUACUCUCACAGCUUCACCAAACUAACCUGCCCGGGCGGCCGCGACGGCACUAUCAUCAGCACCCGGUGGCUGAACCGGACGGUGCAGAUCGACGGCAAGAAAGGACUCUUGACGGUGGAGAGCGGCAUGGUCCUCAGCGACCUGAUGCGAGUCGCCGCCGCGGCGGGGCUCUGCCUGCCCAACUCGCCGUACUGGUCUGCAGUCACCGUCGGCGGGCUCCUGGCGACCGGCGCGCACGGGAGCUCCCUGUGGGGCAAGGGGAGCGCCGUGCACGAGUACGUGGUUGGGAUUAGGAUCGUGACGCCGGCGCCGGCGAGUCAGGGGUUUGCGGUGGUUAGGGAACUUGGAGCCGACCACCCGGAUCUGGACGCGGUGAAAGUAUCCCUUGGCGUGCUUGGUGUCAUAUCUCAGGUAACUCUGGCGUUGCAGCCCCUGUUCAAACGGUCGGUCACGUUCGUGACGCGUGACGAAUCGGACCUGGCGGACCAGGUGGCCGCGUGGGGCGGCCUGCACGAGUUCGGCGACAUCAGAUGGCUGCCGCACCAGCGCAAAGUCAUCUACCGCGAGGACAACCGCGUCGACAUCUCGUCCCCUGGCAAUGGCCUCAACGACUUCCCCGCUUUCUGGUCGUUACCAGCGCACGAGAUCGUCGCCGCCAGAGUUGAAGAGGAACGCCGGGAGGAGGACAACGGGGGCACCGACGACGACGCCCGGUGCUCGGCAGCGCAGCAGUCGACGGUGGCGCUAGAGCGUCAGGGGCACGGCUUCACCAACGACGGCGUCUCCUUCACUAGCUACCCGGUGGUGGGUUACCAGCACCGCAUGCAGGCGUCCAGCGCGUGCGUCGACAGCCCGGAGGACGGGCUCCAGUCCGCCUGCUUCUGGGACCCGCGCCUCCGUGGCCCUUCCCUCUACAACCCCGCCUUCACUGUCGCGCUCUCAAGAGCGCCAUCGUUCCUCGCCGACGUGUGGAGGCUCCGGGACCUCCACCCGAGCGCGUUCUGCACCCUGCACGGCGCGAUGGGCGUGCAGAUGCGCUACGUCAAGGCCUCCUCCGCGUACCUCGGCAAGCCGGAGGACUCGAUCGCCGUAGACAUCGCCUACUACCGGAGCCGCACCCGCGGCGUGCCCCGGGCGCAUGCCGACGUGGUCGACGAGCUGGAGCAGAUGGCGCUGCGCAAGUACGGGGGCGUGCCGCACUGGGGCAAGAGCCGCAACUUCGCCUUCGAUGGUGCCAUCGCCAGGUACCCCAAGGCCGGCGAGUUCCUUGAGGUGAAGGACAGGUACGACCCGGACGGGAUCUUCUCUAGCGAAUGGAGCGACCAGGUGCUGGGCAUCAAGGGCAGCCCCAUCGUCGUGGGCAAGGGCUGCGCCAUUGAAGGUCUCUGCGUCUGCUCCGACGACUCCCAUUGUGCGCCGGAGCAGGGGUACUUCUGCAGGCCCGGAAAGGUGUACGCAGAGGCCAGGGUUUGCAGGUUUGAAGAAGACAACGAGGCGCGGAUUGAUGAUGAGCUAUGAUCCAAUCUAUAUCUUUACCUAUUAUUAAAGCAAGUAAUGCCUCUGCCUGAUUUUUCGUACG